ACCAUUAUAAAUGAGGCAUUUAAAAGCAGUAAAAAACUCUCGUCCAUCAAUAGUAUUUUAAUUUGCCCUUUUCAAGUAAGUCUUUUUUCAGAAGAUGAAAUAUAAUAUUUGUUAGCAAUGUUUGCCCACAAAGGUUCUUGUCAGAAACGACACAUAUUUAAGCAAUUUUUCAUCUCAUUUAUGGGGUUUGACUGAACCACCCUAACCACCCCUGGAUCCACCCCAGUGCACCCCUAAAUGACAAUGAGGCACUUAUUUACAACACAUAGACUCCACAGAGGUGCUUUUUGAGAGGUUUACAUCCCUACACAGCUAAAAGAGUGGCACUGGCAUUUUAACCCAAAGGCGACUGUAAAGGUUUUUACAUGGAGUAUUGCAAUAAACAAUUGUGUGAUUAUGGUCAACAAAAAAGACAGCCCUCUGGAGAAAGGUGUAAAAAGCAAAUUUGAUAUGGAAAUUAGUUUCUUUUAACUGUAAUUGCUCAUUCUUGGUAUAAUUGUAUGGUCCCAAAACUUGUCAUCAUUGUGGUAGCGACCAUGUACAAUCUGUGUGAACUAAAUUGAAUAUUAUCGCACAUUCACAUGUACACAAUGAUGUUUCUUUCUUUAUUAGGAAAGCCAUUUCACGAAGCUGUAUGGGACAUAGAAGGCUGUGCUGAUGUUACUGAUUACUAUGCCGGUCUUGCACCUACCAUCAGUGGAAAGCAUAUCCAGCUUCCAAAUGGAUCUUUCUCCUAUACUAGAAGGGAACCUUUGGGUGUGGUAGCAGGAAUUGGGGCUUGGAACUACCCAUUUCAAAUCUGUGUCUGGAAGUCAACGCCUGCCCUAGCUUGUGGGAACACCAUCGUGUUCAAGCCAUCACCCCUCACACCCCAGACUGCUGUCUACAUCGCUGAAAUCUUUACAGAAGCAGGGCUCCCUAAUGGAGGUUUAAAUGUUGUUCAGGGUGCAGGAGUGACUGGUCACUUGCUAACAUCACAUCCUGAUGUUGCAAAGGUUUCAUUUACGGGAUCUGUGCCCACAGGACAAAAGAUCAUGGCAGAUGCAUCAGCUGGUGUUAAAAAAGUCACUCUUGAACUGGGAGGGAAAUCUCCUCUUCUUGUGUUUGCUGAUUCUGACCUGGAAAAUGCUGUUAAGGGAGCAAUGAUGGCCAACUUUCUUACACAGGGAGAGGUGUGUUCCAAUGGAACUCGGGUAUUUGUGGAAAAGAGCAUCUUAAAUGAAUUUCUCAGUAAAGUAGUGGAGCGUACUAAAAACAUCAAAGUAGGAGAUCCUAUGAAUCCAGACACUCAGAUGGGGGCUCUGAUUUCUGAAGAACAUCUUCACAAAGUGCUUGAAUAUGUGGACACAGCGAAAAAAGAGGGUGCCAAAGUUCUCUGUGGGGGUGAACGCUUAAAAAUGGAUGAGCCUAGAUUGGCCAAUGGCUUCUACAUGUCACCCUGUGUAAUGACAGACUGUUCAGAUGAUAUGACAGUUGUCAAGGAGGAGAUAUUUGGUCCUGUCAUGACAGUUCUACCAUUUGACACAGAAGAAGAAGCUGUGAAUAGAGCCAAUGACACUCAUUUUGGAUUAGCUGCGGGAGUGUUCACAAAAGACCUCACUCGCGCCCAUCGCGUUAUCGCUAAUCUCCAAGCGGGAUCCUGUUGGAUCAAUAAUUACAAUUUAACACCAGCCGAGGUUCCCUUCGGUGGCUACAAAAUGUCAGGUGUGGGUCGGGAACUGGGCGAAGAUUCCAUCAACUAUUACACGCAAGUCAAGUCAGUUUAUGUGGAGAUGGGUGAUGUGGCGUCGCCGUUUUAAAUGACAGUUUCCCGUGUUACUAAUUUGAAUAACAGAUAGCUAGACAGCAGGCCAGAUUUGCCAGCCUAGUGAGGAUAGACAAAUAACAAGGUGAGCGUGCAAAUUCAGCCAUUUUAUUCCUUUCUCUAUCAAGUUAUCAAAUUCAAAAUGGAUAAAGGUUAUGAUUUCUUUGGCAAAAUAAUAAAACAAAAACCAGGAACAGGAGUAGAACUGUACUCAGUUCUUUCAUUUGAACGGACACAGUAACGUUUUACCCAAAUUAAAAGGUAACUGUUAGAAUUACCUUUUGCAGCAACGAAACGAUACUAUUUUUAAUAAGAGUCAUAAGAAUGAAAUGAGUGUUUUCUCGAGUGUUAUGAUGCUAGCUUGCCAAAGUAAGCUUCAGCUUCUGAUCUAAAAACAAAAUUGCGAGCUCGAUUGAUUCCUAGAGUUCGAUCGAUGUAAAAUUAAAUCUGUACACUUGGCUGAAAAUGGGGGAUCAGCGUAGUGCAUGUUAGUAUUUAAAAGUAGCACUACUAGCAUGAUGACGUCAAAAGAAAGUCGAAAAAGUAAUCAUAUGAGGAAACACGUUUAUUACUCUCAAUUCCUUCUGAUUGGGUAUUUUUAGAAGGGAACAGUAUAAACUAGGAAAAAGUUAUCAGGAUUACUUAGUAUACCUUCUGUGACCAUCAGUACUUGUUGCCGCCAAUAGUCUAAGAUUAAAAGCUCUGCCAUGUACAAAUGUAGCUAAUAAUCUAGAAAGAGUUAGUGAAAUAUUUUAUGUGGAAAAUACAAACUAACGCUCUAUUUUUAUUC